GAUGUCUUCGAUCCGGCAAUCCAAAAGGCCCUUAAAGUCAGAGAACAUAUGAAAGUUUUUGACAAAAUUGAAGGGCAGUUGAUGGAUGUUACGCCAAAGCCCAUUGAAACGCAUUUUGAGACGGAACAAUACAAAAAGCUAACAGAGAAAGCUCGAGCAAUACCUGUUAUUCCCAUCCGCAGAGAAAUUCAAAGUUUUAAGAGUGUUGCAAGUUCUUUGAUGAGAACACGAUCAAGUCGUGGUGUGCAAUUUCAUUUGUCAAUGGAAAAUAUUGUUAAUGGGAUUGGCAGUGAGCGUAUGCUUGUAAGCGAUUUGACAAUCUCCCCCAGAUACUCAUCUUACAUAGAUGAGUCUAGCUCGUCUGAAUCCUUGGUGGAAGAAGUAGUCGGCGCUAAAUUUCGUUUACCCUACAUAAGGGUAGUUCUGAGUAAAACAGAUCUCAUUUUGUUGUAUGAACAACAAAGCAAUACCGCCUGUAAGGACACCGAGGACGGCAACUUUACCGAAGAGGAUAAUGCGAGAUAUGACUAUUUGACCAUAGGCAGGGGUAAAGUACGUCGACGUUCUGAUGCUGAGACUCAAACACCUCAAACUUUAUAUAAGUCACGCAAAAUUAAUACAACAAAGAAGGAAAUGAGCAACAAGGCCAGUUAUGUGUCUAUAUUUGAAAUGUAUGACACCUAUCGCCGAGUAGGAGAAGAAGAUCCUUUUGCGGCACUUACUCUGCUGGAAUCAACAGCCAUUAGCAAAUAUAUGAGCAAAGAAGCACAAUGUGCUGCUAUAGUGAAAUUACCUUCCUUUCAAUGGGUUAGCAUGGUGAUUAGGAGGCUAUUGUCUGGUAAUAAUUUCGAAAAGUCCCUCAGAAGAUAUCGCAACAUGGAACCCAUUAAGCCUACAGUGACCAAAAUGGAGUAUAAAUAUUCCUUGAAGAAUUUAUUCACCUUUCUACCCCAUGCUUCGGACAAGGAACGUCGCGCCGUUUCCGACAUGAGUUUCUGCUAUGCCAACAAUGACAUUUUGGCAGUUUCCUAUGGCAUUUAUUCGUAUCAGGCAGCCAAGAUGCCUGAAACGGGACAAGUCUGCAUAUGGUCCAUUAAGAAUCCCUGCGAUCCUGAAGGUUAUUACUUUUACAAUUAUCCCGCAGUGGCGGUGGAGUUCUCUCCCUACAUGCCCAAUCUUUUGGCCAUAGGCCUCCUGGAUGGCUAUGUAGAAGUUCGAGAUAUUUCGGAUUUAAAUAAACCUCCUAUUGCCACAUCGCAGCGUCUCACCUCGCCCAGUGUUGAACCUAUUUUGGCCCUUAAAUGGAUACGACAAGAUUCAAGUUCGAACGAUGCCAAUGAAAUUGAUCCAUUUCUAUCUUUGUCACAAGAUGGCACUGUAACCAGAUUCCAUAUCAUAAGGGGACCCCAUCUAUUGGGGUUUACCCAAAUGGUUUUGGAUAGAAUUGAGGGAAAGUCAGAAGGAUUAGCCGUUUCAGUUAAUAAUGCUUUAUCAGCGGAAGCUAAUGCUCGCCCUCAUUGCAUGAGUCUAACUAAACAUCCUUUGCAUGCGGAUAUCUAUUAUAUUCUAACCGAUGAGGGUUGUAUCCAUAAAUGUGCCACAAGUAAUCAAAUGAACUGUUUGGAGGUUUUGAAGACCCACAAGGCAUCGGUUAAUUGCAUGGAUUUUUCACCGUGGUCUCCAAAAUUGUUUUUGACUUGCGGCAAUGAUUGGUACAUUCGAAUCUGGUUGGAGGGAAUUUUCAAGCCAGUGCUAACUCUGCACAAUAUGUAUGGACCAUAUCAAUGGGCUGGAUGGAGUCGAACACAUUCUACAAUCAUUGUGGCUCUUAACCGCAAGCAAUGUGAAAUUUGGGAUCUGAGACGUAGUAGCUUAAAACCAAUGGCCAUACAUACAUUGCAGUCUUCAUACAAUACAAUGGCUUUAUAUUCACGUGAUGGAAAUUCCCUAGCCAUUGGCAAUGAAAGAGGAAAGGUAUUUGUUUUGGCUUUCGAUGAUAUGCCGUUUCCAACGCACUACCCAUACGACACUUUGGAAGAGGUGAUAGAGAAGGCUGUAAUCAAUUUUCCCGAUUUACACAAUGAAGUCAAGAGUUUGGGUUACUUUGGAUAUCCAAAAAAGGGGUUAAAGAUUCCUCCAUAAAUUUGUUUUUUAGCUAUAAAUAAUUCUUAUUUUAUAUACUCCAAUGUGGCUAUUAUGGUAGAGUCCUUUUUUUGUGUGUGUCUUUAACAUUUAAAGCCCAAAUUGAAUAUGGCAUUUAAUUGAUUAUAUGAA